AUGGCUAUUAUAACUUCCCACUUCGCCAUUGUCAAAUCCACCGUUCAUUUUCCAUGCAUGUCAAAUCAACACCGUUCUCUUAAGCCCACCGCCGUCAGAAUGUCUAUGAAGCAACAAAGUCGCAACUCACAUCCUUAUUGGGCUUCCAUGCAGGCCGACAUCGAAGCGCAUAUCAAACAAUUCAUCACCAUCAAAGAACCUCUCGUGGUUUUUGAGCCCAUGCAUCACCUUAUUAUCAAUGCCCCGAAAACCACCCUACCGGCUUUAUGCGUCGCCGCAUGCGAGCUUGUCGGAGGUGAACGUCACGAAGCUAUAUCCGCUGCUUCAGCUUUGUUAAUAAUGGAGGCAGCUACUUAUACUCACGAGCAUCUUCCACUCACAGAUAGGCCCAAGCCCGAGUUCGGGAUGAAUCAUGUUUAUGGGCCUAACGUGGAGCUUCUAACUGGCGAUGGAAUUGUACCGUUUGGAUUUGAACUGUUAGCUAGAUCCGACGGUGGAGAAAAUUCGGAGCGGAUCUUGCGGGUGAUGGUUGAGAUCUCACGGGCUGUGGGCUCAAGAGGGGUGAUAGAAGCGCAGUACAGGAAAGCCAUGGGUAGUAGAUCGGACGGUGAGGAGAUGUGCCACGUGGAAGAAAUCAGGCGUGUGGUGGAGAAAUAUGAAGGUGGGUUGCAUUCGUGUGGAGCAGUAUGUGGAGGUGUGUUGGGUGGGGGAAGUGAAGAGGAAAUUGAGAAAUUGAGAAAAAUUGGAUCGUAUGUUGGAAUGAUUCAAGGAAUGGUACAAAGGGGAUUCUCUGGAAGUAAAGAAGUGGAUGAGGCAAGGAAUUUGGCAAUAAAGGAAUUGGAGUUUUUUAAGGAUAAAGAGGUUGAUGCAAUUAAAACAUUCUUGAACGUUUAA